UCAAACAAGAUUUAGUACUUCUUUUUUUCUUUUCCCCAUAAAACUCUUAACCAUAACACAAUGGAGUUUCCCUCAUCAAAACCUCUUUCUUGUUCCUAUAUAAUUAUUUUCUCAAUCCUCCUCGUGUUCAACAUUUUCCAUAACACUACUGGCAUCACUACAAGGCUGCCUAACAAUGAAACAGUUCCUGCAGUUAUAAUCUUUGGAGAUUCAAUUGUGGAUACGGGCAACAACAACUACAUUGAAACUGCGGUUAAGUGUGAUUUCCCACCAUAUGGGAGAGAUUUCAAUGGUGGAAAACCAACUGGAAGGUUUAGCAAUGGAAAGGUCCCAGCAGACUUUUUAGCUGAAAUAUUUGGUGUUAAGAAGAUUCUACCGGCUUAUCUUGAUCCAAAUCUUCAGCUUCAAGACCUCCUUACUGGUGUAAGUUUUGCCUCUGGCGGUGCAGGAUAUGAUCCUCUCACUGCUAAAAUUGUGUCUGUCUUAUCGUUAUCAGAUCAAUUAGACUUGUUCAGAAAUUACAUAAAGAAGAUAAAGGAAGCAGUAGGAGAAAGCAGAACAGCUACUAUACUGUCAAAAAGUAUAUUCAUAGUGUGCACAGGGAGCGAUGACAUUGCAAAUACUUAUUUUUCUACACCGUUUAGGAGAGCCCAUUAUGAUAUUCCCGGAUAUACUGAUCUAAUGGUUAGAUCAGCUACAAGUUUCUUGCAGGAACUUUAUGGACUAGGAGCAAGAAGGAUUGGAGUAGUAAGCUUACCAUCAAUAGGGUGCGUGCCAUCACAGCGAACAGUGGCUGGAGGCAUACUGAGAGGGUGUUCUGAGUCUGCAAACCAAGCAGCAAUUCUCUUCAAUUCAAAGCUCUCCUCCCAAAUGGAUUCCAUCAAUAAAAGACUUCCAGACGCUAGGCUUGUUUAUUUAGAUCUCUAUAACCCGUUGCUUGCCAUCAUCCAAAACCCAUCUCAAUAUGGAUUUCAAGAGGCAAACAAAGGAUGCUGUGGCACAGGGAAAAUAGAGGUCAGCAUUUUAUGUACCAGUUUUUCACCAGAGACAUGUACCAACGCCUCUGAAUAUGUAUUCUGGGACAGUUAUCAUCCCUCAGAGCUGGCCUCUAAAAUCCUUACCCCAUUAGUCGUGGAUGACUAUAUCUACAAAUUCUUCAGAGGGUUAUUUCUGCAAUGUUCCAAUCUACUAGAUUUUUCUUUAUUCAUGAUUAUGAAAAUGUUCUGUAAACUGAGACUAUGUGUCAGCAAUUCUGCAAUUAAUGUUCCAAAAAAGAAAUUGGGUCUUUCAGAAUUUUCUCCUCUCGUUUUUCCUUGUAAACUUGAAGAAGAAAGUAGAUUUUCAUAUAUUAGAAUGAACUUCCACCCUGGAAAUUCUGUUUUUUCUACUUCAUUCAUUAUUUUCUUUGUCAUUAUAUUUUUCCUUAAUGAUGGAUGUGCCAUGAUACUGCCUAAAAAUGAAACAGGUCAAGUUCCAGCAGUUUUUGUAUUUGGAGAUUCAAUCGUGGAUACAGGAAACAACAACCAUAUCAAUACUUUAAUAAAGUGCAAUUUCCCACCAUAUGGGAAAGAUUUCAAAGGAGCAAAACCUACUGGAAGGUUUAGCAAUGGAAGGGUUCCCUCAGACUUCAUAGCUGAAGAGUUAGGUCUCAAGGAGCUCUUGCCAGCUUAUUUGGACUCAAACUUGAAACUUCAAGACCUUCUUAGUGGCGUAAGUUUUGCCUCUGGUGGUGCAGGAUAUGAUCCUCUCACAUCCAUGAUAAUAUCUGCCUUAUCAUUGCCAGAUCAAUUAGAGAUGUUCAAGAAUUACAUAAAGAAAAUAAAGGCAGCAGCGGGUGAAGACAGAAUGGCCUCUAUACUAUCAAAAGGAAUAUACAUGUUGAGCAUAGGGACUGAUGACAUUGCAAAUACUUAUUUUCUCAGGAUGUUUCAGUAUGAUAUCAAUUCUUAUACGGAUCUAAUGAUCAAUUCAUCUCUAAGUUUCUUGCAAGAACUCUAUGCAUUGGGUGUGAGAAGGAUUGGAGUGUUAAGUAUACCAGCAAUAGGGUGUUUGCCGAUGCAAAGAACACUGAGAGGAGGCUUACAAAGAAGUUGUUCAGUGUCUUUAAACCAAGCAGCGAUUCUCUUCAACUCCAAGCUCUCGGCUCAAUUGGUUAAUCUCAACAAAAAGCUUCCAGCAGCUAAACUCGUCUACAUGGAUAUGUACUAUCGAUUACUUCACCUUAUCCAACACCCUACAGAACAUGGAUUUGAAGUAGUGGAUAAUGGAUGUUGUGGCACGGGAGAUUUUGAGGCUGGCAUCUUAUUUUGUGCUUACAAUCCAAAUACAUGCAAGGAUGACACUAAAUACAUCUUCUGGGACAGUUAUCACCCCACUGAACGAGCUUAUGCCUUGCUAACCUCUCAGAUGAUUAAGGAAACCAUUCAUAAAUUUUUCUAAGAGACGAUCUCUUUA